CACGUGGAUACCAUUUAAACGUGAUCCAAAGAAUUAUCAUCAUCAAAAUAACCAUCAUCAACGAUCAUGAAUUCCGAAAUGAAUCGUACCCGAACAGUUUUAGUUCAAUUUAAAACUGAUGAUGAUAAAACAAUUGGCUCACCAUUCGAUGUGCCCAUCGAUAUUAGUGCUGAUAAAUUACAAUUAAUUUGUGAUACAUUUCAACAAACUGAAGAAAUAAGACAACCAUAUUUAUUUUUCAUACAAGAUACUGAAAUUAAAACAACACUUUCCGAUUGUAUCGAUCAAUUAGAUGAUAAUCAAAUUCAAUUGGAAAAAUGUGUUGAAAUUGUAUGUGCAGCACAAGCUUUAUUUCAUGUUGAAUCUGUAACACGUUGUUCAAGUUCUUUGUCCGGUCAUUCUGAUGCAAUCGUAUCGGUUGCAUUUAGUCCAGAUGGUAGUUCAUUGGCUACUGGUUCUGGUGAUACUACCGUAAGAUUUUGGGAUGUAACAACCGAAACACCAUUUCGUCAAUGUCAAUCACAUAAACAUUGGGUAUUAGCUAUUUCAUGGUCACCGGAUAGUGUUCGACUUGCAUCGGCUGAUAAAAAUGGUUUGAUUUAUAUUUGGAAUGCUAAAACUGGUGAACAAAUGGGUGGUUGUUUACGUGGACAUAAACAAUGGAUUAAUGGAUUAGCAUGGGAACCAUAUCAUUUGAAUGUUGAAUGUCGUCGACUUGCAAGUGCAUCAAAAGAUACAUCCAUUCGAAUUUGGGAUGUUAUUCUUGGACAAUGUAUUCAUACACUUAGUGGCCAUACACAAAGUGUUUCAUCAAUUAAAUGGGGUGGUACUGGUCUUAUCUAUACUGGAUCACAUGAUCGUAUGAUUAAAGUUUGGAAAGCUGAUAAUGGUAUUCUUUGUCGUACACUUAGUGGACAUGGACAUUGGGUCAAUACAUUAACAUUAUCCACUGAAUAUAUUCUAAGAAUUGGAUUAUAUGAUCCACAAAAUCAACAAAAAUUAAAUGGAUCAUCAUCGGAAGAAAUACGAGAAAAAGUUCAAAAACGUUAUGAACAAAUACGAUUACAAAAUGAACGAUUAGUUUCUGGUUCGGAUGAUUUUACAUUAUUUCUUUGGAAUCCUGAAACAGGAAAAAAACCAAUCUGUCGUAUGACUGGCCAUCAACAAUUAAUUAAUGAUGUAAAAUUUUCACCGGAUGGUCGUCUUAUAGCAAGUGCAUCAUUUGAUAAAUCAAUUAAACUAUGGAAUGGUUAUACGGGAAAAUUUCUAACAUCAUUACGUGGACAUGUACAAGCUGUUUAUCAGAUUGCAUGGUCUGCUGAUAAUCGAUUAUUAGUUAGUGGUAGUUCGGAUUCAACACUAAAAGUAUGGAAUAUUUGUCAAGCAAAAUUAUUAUAUGAUCUACCUGGACAUUUGGAUGAAGUAUUUGCAUUAGAUUGGAGUCCUGAUGGUUUACGUGUUGCAAGCGGUGGUAAAGAUCGUAUACUUAAAAUUUGGCGAAGAUGAUCAACAAUAAUUAAUCAAAGAAUAAUUGUUUUUUUUUGCUAUAAA